ACUCUCUUUCUAAAACAUUUAGUUAAUCCCUUAAAACAAGAGUAAAACUUUAACUGGAGUGAGCUGCUUACUGUUUUACAUAAAUAAUCCACUCAGAGACCUGGUAAAGGGGAGAGCCAGUAAGAUUCCCUGGCAAAAGUGAAAAGAGAACAUUAUUUGACCUGCGGCUGCUUCUGAAGUUUUCCUCCUUCACCAAAGAGUGCAGGAUUGAAGAAUAAACACCCAGGGAUGGAUAUAUAUAUAUAUCUCCUCCAAAAGAAGCCUGAGUAGCACAUGUUGAGUGUGGAAGAGAAGACUCACAGACUUCUAGCAAGUGUGUGGCUCCAUUCCCAGACUGGCAGAAGACCCACAGCUUCCCGGGGAGACAAUUUGAGCCAUUUUUGACCCAAAACGAUCCCGCCGUCCUGUUGAAAGCUGUUUAUUAGGUAAAUUAAGACACUCCCUUUAGCGAGGCGAUUUUGUUUGUCUCCUCCACAAGCAAGAGAUCCAUCACCUCCAAAGGUCCUGCAGUCACAACCAGGCUCAUAUUAAACGAAAUCUUUCCAGCUGCGGCAGAUUUGCUAAGCUGACCUGCCUUAAUUUUUCCACUGCAGCGUUUUGAAUCUUGCCUUAACUCUGAGAGAAUUUGCUUUUUGGGCUCGCAAGGUCUAUCUGCCUGUCCAUCGCUCCAUCGAUCUGCACAAGCUGCCUGCAACUCCCCAAAGCUAGGAAUCUCUCGGAACGCCAUGACUUUUGCGGAGUUCCUGGACCAAGUCGGAGGCAUGGGCCGCUUCCAGUUCAUCCACACCAUGCUUCUGACCAUCCCCAUUGUGCUGAUGGCAGGUCACAACCUUCUCCAGAACUUCACCGCUGCCAUCCCAGGACAUCACUGCCGGAUCCACAUCUCCACCAACAGCAGUGGGUACCCCAACACCACUUGGCCUCUGGAAGCCAGUGACCUGCUCAGAGUCAGUAUCCCCACAAACAGCAAAGAGGAGCUGGAAAAGUGUCGGCGUUUUGUCCACCCCCAGUGGCAUCUCCUGGACUCCAAUUCCACCAAGGCAAACCAGACCGAGGUGGAAACUGAGCUGUGUGCUGAUGGAUGGGUGUAUGAUAGGACCACAUACACUUCCACCAUUGUUAGCAAGUGGGAUCUAGUCUGUGAGCGACGGAAGCUUCGGGAUAUGGCCCAAUCGAUCUACAUGGCUGGCGUGCUGGUUGGAGCAGUGGUCCUUGGGGGGUUGUCCGAUAGGUACGGCCGCAAGCCUCUCCUCAUUUGGUCGUUUAUGCAAAUGGCAGUGAUGGGGACCUGUGCAGCCUUUUCGCCCAACUUUAUCUCCUACUGCAUCUUCCGGUUCCUGAGCGGCAUGGCGCUCUCUGGAUUUGGCCUCAGCAUCGCCUGUUUGGUUGUAGAGUGGAUUCCCACCAAGUACCGGACCAUCACCAUUGCGGUCACUGGCUUCGUGUACACGCUGGGCCAGAUCCUGCUGGCUGGCUUGGCCUACGGCAUCCCGGACUGGCAAUGGCUGCAGCUGACUUUCUCGGUUCCCUUCUUUGUCUUUCUCCUCUACUCUUGGUGGUUUGCAGAGUCAGCUCGCUGGCUGCUCCUUUCGGGAAAGGCGAGCACAGCUGUCAAGGUCCUCCAGAGGGUUGCCCGGGUCAAUGGCAAGGAGGAAGCUGGAGCCAGCAUCACUACAGAGGUUCUGCUUUCUAACAUGGAGAAGGAACUGUCCACAGCCAAGGCCUCUUACACCAUCUCUGACCUGGUGCGCACCCCAGCCAUCCGGCACAUUUUCUGCUGCCUCUCCAUAGUGUGGUUCUCAGUCAGCUUCUCCUACUACGGGCUGGCCAUGGACCUCCAGAAUUUUGGUGUCAGCAUCUACCUCAUCCAGGUCAUCUUCGGGGCCGUUGACUUCCCAGCCAAGGUGAUCGUGACCAUUACCAUGAGCUACAUUGGGAGGAGGAUCAGCCUCGCGUCCUUCCUCAUCCUGGCUGGCAUCAUCAUCAUCAUCAACAUCUUUGUGCCCACAGAUUUGCAGACGGUCCGGACAGCGCUGGCCGUCAUUGGCAAGGGGUGCUUGGCAGCGGCCUUCAACUGCACCUUCCUUUUCACCACGGAACUCUACCCCACGCCUGUCAGGCAGACGGGGCUUGGUUUUGGCAGCACCAUGGCCCGGGUGGGAGGCAUCAUCGCCCCGUUGGCCAAGAUGACGGAGGACUACUCUGCCGCCCUGCCACCAAUAAUGUACGGAGCAGCUCCCAUCCUUUCUGGCAUCAUCGCUUGCUUUCUGCCCGAAACCCUUAAUGUCCCCCUUCCAGAUACCAUUGAAGAAGUAGAGAACAGGUCCAGAAAGAAGACAGGGGAAGAAAUAGCCCAGGAGAAGAUUCUGCUCCAGAGCCCAGACAAGGCCCUGUUCAAAGAGGCUUGCUGAUCCACAAAGGCCUCCAACCUUCCAUUUCCCCCUGAUGCCUGAUUCUGGGAAAAGAAGUCUUCGCGAUACUUUGCUGACUGCUUGUUUUGAGCUAAUCCUGGGGAAUGCUUUACGAAGGGGGAAAACCAUGAAGGUGUGGGAAGAUUCUGGGCAUUUUUGAAUGCACUUUUAAAAAAAAAAAGAGAGAGAGAGAGAGAGAGAGAGAGAGAGAGAGAGAGAGAGAGAGAGAGCUUCUUAUAAUUUGAUCUUUACUUUUUCCUUUUAUACCCCAGGGGUGGUAAAGGGAAUAGGACUCUCCCAUUUUCAGUUGCUGGGAGGACUCAGUGCAAUAACAAUAAAGAUGAGGGUGACUCUGAACACGUGCAGAGUGCAUUCCCUCAUUCUAAGGGGCCCACUUAUCAUUUUCGAAAGCAGUCCCAACCUACACCUAUCUCAUACCUAGAAACAGAACAAACUACCAUUGCUCCUUCUAGGGCCACAUUCAUACCAUAGAUUAAAAGCACUAUGAUGCCAUGGCUUUCCCCAAAGAAUUCCAGCAUUUUUAAGGGUGUUGAAAGUUGUAGGAGACCCCUAUUUCCCCUCACAGAGCUACAAUUCCCAGAGUUCCCUGUGAAGAGGGGUUGACUGGACUCCAGUAGACUCAACAUGUCUUAAGAGAGUCCACAGAACUAACCACUUCUAAGCUUCCCUCCAGAUUUGUGUUGUUUUUGAGGGUGUUUUCUGCAACAUGUUGCUGAUGCAAUAAAAGCACAUUAGGGGU